UAUUUGGUAUUUGCGAUGGAAGUAACAAAGUUCGAUGCAGUGUGCCGUCAUUGAAAGAAGAGAAUUUUAAAAUCAGAAAAUUCUUUGUUUUCAUUUAUGUUCCGAUAGUAAUGUCGGCUGUUACUGCGUGGGUUUUGUCCGCUUUAAAUUACAGUUUUCAUGCAUUAAUUAUAGAAUUGUGUGUAUUCUUUAUUUUUUCUGAAAGAAAUCUAUGGACGUGUGUUAUUUACAUCACCUACGCUCUGAGCAUACGAGUAUAAUGAAUUUGUACUGUAACAGAUUGUUUGAUGUUUUUGUCACGAAGAUUAGUUUCAACUUACCAGUACAUUCAUAAACAUAUUUUUUGAUAAUUGUACACUUUUGUUGGAAAGACUGAAUGCAUGAACAUUAAUGACUGCAAUGAGGGAAUUAGUGGACAGCUGUGAAAAUGAACAUAGCAGCGAAGUUGAGACACACGAUGUGGGUGGCCACUCUCACUGUGACACAUGUAUCAAAGUGACCAAAUGUAUGGUGCAGCCAACUCGUAAUGAAAGUUGUAAGAUAGUGACGUGUGAGUUGAACUGUGGAUUUAGCUUCCAUGCUUGUAAAUUAACAGAACACAAACUUCUUUGCGCUUAUGAGAAAGUAGCUUGCAUAAAUGCAGGAAAUGGCUGUCCUGUUACUUUAAUGCGUCAUCAGAGAGCAAGCCAUUUGGAAACCUGCCCGGCAAGUGUAGUUACCUGCAAUAUGGGAUGGAACCGGUGGUCUGUGUGCUCCCAGGAGCACCAGAUGCGCUCUGCGUUUGAUCUACUGAACCCACAAACAAAGAAGGGGCAGCUGGAUGUAGCAUUAGUUCUGCAUGAUCAGAAGAGGCUGAAUGAGUGGAUGAAAAUGGCUCUUCAAACAAGGCAUGUGCUUCAGAACAAUCUGACAAAGUAUUUUUCAGAAGUACCGUUCCAUACUUGGUCUUCGUGUGAAGGAGAGAAUUCUGUCUUUGUACCCAGUAUCAGUGAUGAGGAUGACAAGUCAUGGGAAUGCAAGAAAGCUCCUCCUGGCCUACAAAGCAGUGUGUGUGGAGAACUUUACAGAGUUAGAAGGGGCAGUGUCAAUGAUUCAAUGAUAGAUCCUCUUGCUCAUAUUACCACAAAGUCGCAUUCUCUGGGACAUAAUGGUACACCAGAAUUUAUAAAUACCGACAACCCGAAUACUCAAGAAAAUUCAGUUUGUGGUAUGGAGUACAGUAUCGCAUCACCCCCAUCUCUUUUGAAUGGAAGUUUAAAAAGUGAGAUUGACCAGAGUCAAGAUUCAUAUUCUAAAACCAAUACAGUAAUACUGAAUAGUGAUCGAAGUAAAUCAUCGCCAGUCGGCGUUAAUACGCAAUCAGAGUAUCUCGAAAUGACUCGAGACUCCAGGGAGGCUUUGUCACAUAAUUUCGGUGCUGGUGACUCAACGUGUAGCGAACAGAAUGGACAUUAUAGAGUAUGUUUUGUAAAUAAUACUCAAGUAAAUGAUAUAUUUUCUGCUUCCAUGACAGGUCAUGCAAGCUCAGUUAUUUCCCCUCCCCCGUCUGGUCCUCCCAUGGUCGUGUCCUUGGGUUUGGAUAUCACUUUAGGAACCAUCACACGCUAUCAUUCAAAACCACAUGAUAAGUAUGCCUUCCUCUGCGCGCAAGAAUUCCGUCGUGAUGAAUAUUCGUGGCAUUACAAGAAUGUUCAUAAUGACAUUCAUGGUGGAUUGAAUGGGUGGUUAGAACAUCGUUGUCCGCUGGCACAUUAUGGUUGUAUGUACAGUUUGCGUCGACUUUAUCCGACAACGAAGGGUGCCACUGUGAUUCAUAAUGAGACUCUUGAGAGUUUUGGAGUGAAACCGUUUGUUCCUUACGAUAUUCCAGUGUUAAACCACUGUUCUAAAGUUACUAAAAGUAUUGUCCAAUCAACGUCUCAUAAGAAGUCCAACAGUUUUUCAGGAUCACAUGUACAAAAUUCAGAGGACACCCAAGAUUGGUCUGUGAUAUCUUCUCAACCUCUGGCAUUAUGUCAGCUUCCAUUCGAAGUUCUCAGGCAUGUGUGCCGUUUUCUGGACUCCUUCAGCUUGUGUAACUUGGCUCUAACUUGUCGUCGUUUGCGUGAGGUAUGUUGUUCUUUGUUGGAGGAGAGGGGACUUGUGGUACAGCAGUGGAAGAAAAGUCGUAUUGGGUCCCGAGUUACGUGGACAGUCGCUUAUAAGCGCUGGUUUUUUAGCACAGGUUUCACGCCUGUACACAAGUGGGGAUUUGAAGCAGAAGAUCACAUGUCAAACCAUUUAAGAAGCUGUGUAUGCUUUGAAAGGUGUAUGGAGUCCAAACCUUUGUUUCACAUGUUUGGUGAGGAACCAGAUCCUACUCUUCAUGCAAAACUAAUUGCUAAAAGUGGAGAAGAUCAAGAUUUUGCAGUUGGAAAAAGUUAUUAGAGUGGUUCGACUGUCAUGAUGUAUCAUGUUUGUAGCUUUAUGAACACUUCAAUUUUAUAUUGUACAGCAAUGUGUUGAUUAGAAAGAAUAAUCAGGUUUCAAGAAACUGUUAUUUAUGUUAUAUGUAUAUUGAAAUUGUUUUUAGUGUAUUAAUUUAUAUUGAAGAAAAGAAGACACAUAUUUAAAAUCGUAAUUUAAAAAUUUACCUCCUCUAACCCGGCCCCAUAGACCAAUGCGUCAUUGGACACUGAAAGUGUUCUGUUAACACCAAUUAUCAUCAGUGGGGGGAUAAGAAAUUGUAACAUGUUGAUAAAAAUUAUGAUAAAAAACAAAAUCAAAUUGAAUUCCCUUGUAGGUAGUAAAGAAUAACCUUAAAAAAGAGGAUGCCAUCAUGAAAGAUGAAAUUGGGAUCAGUUAAAUAAUAAAAUUCCCAAUUAAAGCAAACUGUCCUGUAGCUUUCUGAGCUCGUUCAGGAGUGUAAUUGAAAUGGGGGAGAUUUCCAGAUUAGGCUGGCUAAUUGGUUUGAGUACACAAGCAAUGCAGGCCAGUUAUUUGUAUUUCUUACAUAUGUUAGUAAAUGCACUACAAGAAUAUUAUUUAUGGUAGGAUUUGAGACUGCCACAGCAGUGAGUACAUAGAUUGCUGUCUUCUGGGUUGUAGCACCAUGUCUGGUAUAGGUUUACCAAUGUUUAGAGAGAUCCUUCUUGCCCCCAUUAUUAGGUCUUAUUGUGUGAUGAGCUCUGAUGAUGAAUGGUAACUAGCAUUUUUUACAUAUUUGUGAGGUCAUAAUGGAAAAGUCAGAAUUUCUCUAUAUAGAGGUAACAGCUGAAAAACUGUCAUUUUGCAUGUUGUUAAAACUUGAUCAUCUCGGCAGAAGAUAUGGUUUAUUCACCAUUCAGCCACCUGACGCAGCUUGUAACCCCAGAGUCAUUCGCCAAUCAUCUUUGUUGUAAAGAAGUGUUAAAUGUAAAUUUUUCUAAAAUUCCCAUGCAGAAAAUAAAAAUUUUGAUUCACUUAA